AUGGUAUAUCAGCGCGAUGUCACACCAAAGGUGUAUAGUUUAUAAUAUUGAGUACGAAAUAGACCUGAAGUUCGAAGACACAUAUGAAGAAUUAAGAGACUUCAUCGGGUUUCUGUAUGAAAACGAGACAAAAAUAGACAAUUUUGUGUAUACAUUUAGGCCAACCGAAAAGCAUUUCAAUGUUCAUGUGUCUAUGCCACAUGUUGGCGCCUUCAGAUUACAACUAUAUGGCCGCCGAAUAAAGGAUGGUCCGAACGCGGAUUUCCGACCAAUUGUUAAAUAUAUUUUGCAAUGUACCAAAUCAUUAGAAGAACCGAUACCUUAUCCAACCUACCAUUCCUUAUACGGUCCGAUGAAGAAUUUAGAAAACUUUGGUGUUGAGAACGUUGACGAUAAAGUUUACCAUGAAUCGGAAAAUGGAGAGAUCAUAUUUUCUUUGAAGCCAGCUCAACUCUUUGAUAUUUUCCCUCGUUUGCAUUUUCAUGAUCACACUAUUGCUAUAAAAGGAUUCUGUUUUGUUGACUAUUCAGAUUGCGGUCAAUAUAUAAAUGUUAUUGUGCGUAUGAGAUACGAGGGUCAUUAUAAGUUGAUUUUAUUUGGAAAGAAAGAGAAAUCUUUAAACUAUACACCAUUCACAACUUACUUAAUCAAAUGCACGAAGGCUUGCAAAGACGGGAUAUUUCCCGAAGCCCAUGAAUAUGCUUUGAAGUACAAAUGUUGUCUUCUUGAGCCUCUGAGUAUGCAUCAUCCUCCAAAAUCUGAUGUCUUCUUUUGUAUAAAAUCAUUGUGUUUGAAGUCUGUGAGGUACGUCAAAAAUGUUUUUACACAAAGCAAUGACGGCAGUUUCGAAUUCACUAUUCGGACUCCCUCGGAGGAUUUGAAAGUUGUUAUUGAUGGAUGUGGCAGUGAUGGGGUUUUCCACUCCUUGUAUUCAUACACAACCGUUAUACUCAUUGACUUCUAAAAGAACUUGAACAGGACAUACAUUUUUCAAAUUAAAAGAAUUCCUGUAGUUAAACACAUUUUGGUUUUAUUUGUGAUGUGUUAAGGAGAAUCUAAGGUGAGUUUUGAAAGGAAACCAGUCACAAACUCGUAGCCUUAAGCUAUAACUAUGUUUCCUUUUGAAGUAGGCGAAUGUAAAUAAAGAAUUCGAUGGGAACUUGUGGACAACACAGGAGCCAAAAGUUUAAAGAUGACCCUGUAUGCAGAAGGAUAAGUCUUACACUUAAUUUAUGAAUGUUUAAUUCAGUGAAGAGUAGUUGAUCAUAUUUCAUGCAGGAUAAUAAAGUGUGGUUUUGUCUUGUGCCCAUUAUGUAUUAAUAAUUCGUGUCUUAUGUACUAUUAGAUACUUGAAGUAAACGCAAAAUCAGCA